ACUUUGGUUAAAAAUUAAAAAUAAAUGAUUGCAUUAUAACAUGGAAUCUUUGCCUUUGUUGAGAGGAAGACCGUCGCUCUAAGAAAAGAAAAAGACAGAGAGUCCUUUCUCGAGCGAAAAUUGGCUAAAAGAUGGGAAGGACAAUUCAGGUAUUUGGCUUCCCGUAUCUCGUUGCAGCCGAACUCGUAAAAAAGUUCCUGGAGAAUUACACGGGCGAAGGAACUGUAAUUGCUUUGGAAGUGAAAACAGCAAAAGUGGGUCGAAGGGCAUAUGCCAGAGUUCAAUUCACAAACAUAAGAUGCGCGGAGACGAUUAUCGAUCUGGCCAAAAAUCGUCUCUACUACGGCACUUCUUAUUUGAAGGCUUAUGAAUCGGAUAUCGACAUUGUACAAAAUCCCAGAACAUUCGCACAUGAAAUGGAGAACGUCACUCUGAAUUUCGGAUGUCAGAUAUCGCCUCAUAAAUUCUCGGUCCUGUGGAAAGGGGAAAGCGUCACCGUCAAAUUCGGGACCGGAAUGAAAAAAAUGCACUUCUUUUUGCGCCACAAUUCCGUCGAGUACAAGAUGCAGCUCUCGUACGAAAACAUAUGGCAGAUCGUGCUGUACAAUUCGUAUGGUCAAUCGUCGAAGCUUCUUGUCAUACAGUUAUUUGGGGCGCCAAGAAUCUAUAAGAAGCUAUCGGGUUCCGUUUAUAGCUACUUUAUGGUAACUCAGGACGAUCAAUGGGUCAGAACGACGGACUUCACUCAAUCCCUUAUCGGACAAUCUUCGAGUUUAUGCCUCCAGCUACCUUACGGAAUGAGACUUCCGAAUUUCAGAGACAAUUUUCUUUAUUACAAGGAAAGCGAAACCCCGUUCCGUUUAGAGACAGGUGUACCCUUUUCCCACAACUCGGAUCUAGUUCCGAUUGUUCGUCCUCCUAUAGACAUCAAAUUGCCCUACACGUUAUUAUUCAAGGUGUGCAGUUUGGUGCAAACCGGGUGCCUCCCCGGCCCGAAACUCGAUCGAUCCUUCUUUGACUUGGUCAAUCCAGCCAAACACGAUAUUCGAUACAUCGAGCACGCUCUCGAGAAACUCUACUACUUAAAAGAGUGCUGCUACAAUCCCGCGGCGUGGCUUAAAGAGCAGUACGAAAGAUACCGUACGUCGAAAGAGCAUCCGAAGUCGCCUGCCAUUUGCUUGGACGACGGUUUGGUGUACGUUCACAGGGUGCAAGUAACUCCGACUAGGGUUUAUUUCUCCGGCCCGGAAGUGAACGUGUCGAACCGCGUGCUGCGUCAUUAUCGAGAUUACAUCGAUAAUUUUCUGCGCGUUUCGUUUGUUGACGAAGAGUGGGAUAAAAUGUACUCGACCGAUUUAUCUCCACGGGUGGCUGCUGGAGAUGAGAACAAAAGAACGAAACUUUACGAGAGAGUGAUUUCGAUUCUCAGGGACGGCGUGAGAAUUGGGGACCGGAAAUUCGAUUUUCUUGCGUUUUCGUCGAGCCAGCUACGAGAUAAUUCGUUGUGGAUGUUUGCUCCGACCGACGGGCUAAAUGCUGACGGUAUUAGGGAGUGGAUGGGAGACUUUUCUUCCAUAAGAAAUGUGGCGAAAUACGCCGCGAGACUUGGUCAAUCUUUCGGUUCGUCCACGGAAACGCUUAGUGUCAGCAAGCGUGAGAUUGAAGAGAUUCAAGACGUGAAAAACGGGACCGAGUAUACCUUUUCUGAUGGGAUUGGGAAGAUUUCGGAGGAUUUUGCUCGGCAAGUGGCUGCAAAAUGUGGAGUUAGAAGUUCCACUCCAUCCGCCUUUCAGAUCAGGUACGGUGGCUACAAAGGAGUGGUGGCAGUCGAUCCAUCUUCAAAGAAGAAGCUUUCCUUGAGACCAAGCAUGUUGAAGUACCAAUCGGACAACACAAAACUAGACGUACUUGCGUGGAGCAAAUACCAACCUUGUUUUCUCAACCGCCAGAUCAUCACACUCUUAUCCACACUCGGCGUAAAAGAUCACGUCUUUGAGAAGAGGCAAAGAGAAGCAGUGGCUCAGCUCGACGAUGUUUUGAUCGAUCCAAUGAGAGCACAAGAAGCUCUGGAUUUAAUGUCUCCCGGAGAAAACACACACAUUCUCAAGGAAAUGCUGAAGUGCGGCUACGAGCCCGACGGCGAACCGUUUCUUUCAAUGAUGCUGCAAACUUUCCGAGCGUCGAAGCUGCUCGAUUUGAGGGUUAAAGCCAGAGUAUUCAUCCCGAAAGCUAGACAGAUGAUGGGGUGUUUGGACGAAACGGGUAUUUUGAAAUACGGGCAGGUGUUUGUGCGAUAUUCCGGUGCGGUGAAAAGAGGGCUUUUUGAUGAUUCGUAUGAUAAUAGUACAGCAAACGAGCGUUUCGACCCUGUGAGGGGAAAGGUUGUUGUAGCUAAAAACCCGUGCUUGCAUCCCGGUGAUGUGCGUGUUUUGACAGCUGUUGAUGUGCCGGAGUUGCGUCACAUGGUCGACUGUGUUGUUUUCCCUAAAAACGGAAAGAGACCACAUCCGAACGAGUGUUCCGGGAGUGACUUGGAUGGAGACAUAUACUUUGUUUGUUGGGAUUCGGAUUUGAUUCCGACGAAGCAAGUCGAACCUAUGGAUUACAAUCCUGCUCCAACCACACGACUGGACCAUGACGUGACAAUUGAGGAAGUUGAAGACUACUUCACAAACUACAUAGUAAACGACAGCCUAGGGAUCAUAGCCAACGCCCACACGGUCUUUGCCGACAAGGAGCCAUUAAUGGCACUAAGCGAGCCCUGUCUGGAGCUAGCUCGGCUGUUCUCGAUAGCAGUCGACUUCAACAAAACAGGCAUCCCCGCCGAAAUCCCACCUCAUUUACGCGUCAAAGAAUAUCCCGAUUUCAUGGAAAAACCCGACAAAAUAAACUACGCUUCUUCACGUGUAAUUGGAAAGCUCUUCAGAGAGGUCAAAGAUAUCGCCCCUCAAACAUCGUCUUUCAGAUCCUUCACCAAGGAAGUCGCCAGAAGAUCUUACGAUCCCGAUAUGGAAGUUGACGGGUUCGAAGACCACAUUGACGAAGCGUUUCUCCACAAAACGGAGUACGACUACAAGUUGGGCAAUCUGAUGGAAUAUUACGGGGUAAAAACCGAGGCGGAAGUUUUGAGUGGUGGGAUUAUGAAAAUGUCGAAGACUUUUGACCGGAGAAAAGAUGCAGAAGCUAUUGGAGCAGCUGUGAGGUCAUUGAGAAACGAGGCUAGAUCGUGGUUCAAGAAAGGCACCGAAGCGGAUGAUGUUUAUGCAAAGGCUUCAGCUUGGUAUUACGUGACUUACCAUCCCGAUUAUUUUGGAUGCUAUAAUGAAGGAAUGAAGAGGGACCAUUAUCUUAGUUUUCCGUGGUGUGUGUACGACAAGCUGGUCAAGAUCAAGAAAGACAACUCGAGGAGGGCUUCUCAAAUGGCUUCGCUUCGACGGCAGUUCAACGAUCGUGUGAGAAUUUAGCGAUGAGAUUUUCUUUUUCUUUUUUUCGUUUUUUUUUUGGAUAUGUGAAUUGACUGUGAGGACUUAAUUUGUGUACAUAUAUGAGUGUGCUGUGUGUCUGAAAAUAUUUCCUUUUGUCUAAAGGCACUCAUGUACUAAAAGUCCACUGGUGUGGCAAACUUCCUAUUUUCAAUAUUCCUUUUUUAAUUGAAAGUAUUUUAUUUGAA